UGCAGAAAGAAGAAUAUUGAAGUCAACACUUCAAAUGAUGGUGGGGUUGAAAAUUGGCUCCUUGGUGCUAGUUCUAGCGGUGUUAGCAUACACCGUCCAUGCUAAGAGUGUAGCGAAUGGCGCAAAAGUUCUGUGUUUCUAUGAUGGUGAAGCUGCUUUAAAGGAUGAUCCCCUGACCGGUAAAGUGACCUUGGUAGACAUAGAGCAAGCAUUGCCGUACUGCACGCAUCUAGUGUAUGGAUAUGCUGGAAUUGAUUCGAAAACCUAUCGCCUAAAGCCCCUAAAUGAAGCGCUCGAUCUGGACACAGGAAGAGGCCAAUACCGUGCAGCUACGGCUCUUAAAAGUCGGUUCCCUGGUCUCAAGGUGUAUUUGAGCGUCGGUGACUACUAUGAUCUGACCGAGAAGGAUACGUCUGAGAAGUACUUGGCUCUGUUGGAAUCAAAUGACUCCAUAGCGGCGUUUGUGAGCAGUGCUCGUACUUUGUUGAAGGAGUACGGCUUCGAUGGUCUCGAUCUCGCGUGGCAGUUUCCACAGCCGGCACCAAUGCAAACUACCGACCACAUCUUGGAAUCGAAAGGUUACGCGUAUCGGGAUGGAUUUACCAAGCUAAUUCGUGAAUUAGGUGAAGCCUUUGGUACUGAUGGAUUAGGCCUGGGAUAUACAAUUCCACCGCACGUCAAUGAAAGUUUCUUCCUGGACAUUGAGCAAUUGAAGGACUUGCUGGUGUAUGUUAACAUUAAUGCAUUUGAUCAGAACAACCAGAAACGUAAUCCUGAGCAAGCUGACUACACGGCUCCGAUAUACGAAGCUCCGGGACGGACCCCAGGUAACAAUAUCGAUGCAAAAGUGAAGCUGUGGAGCUCUGCGGGAACACCGCUCGAUAACAUCAUCGUCGGUAUUCCUACGUUCGGCCGGGGAUGGAAGUUGAUAAAGGAAUCUGGUACGACCGGUGUUCCUCCCGUCCGAGCUGAUGGACCAUCACCGAUCAAAUCGCUCUCAUCCUAUGCCGGAUACUAUAGUUUCACCGAAGUAUGUGCCAUCCUGACCGAUACCAAACAAGGUUCCAUGCACAAGGUACAUGAUCCCCGAUUUGGUCCCUAUGCGUUCCGUGUUCCUGAUGAAAAUGAGGCGAACGGUAUUUGGUUAUCGUAUGAAGAUACAGAGAGUGCUGCAAACAAGGCGCGAUACGUGAAAGCUGCUGGACUUGGCGGAAUCGCAGUCAAUGAUCUGGCAGACGAUGACUAUUUGGGACGCUGCACGGGCGAGAAGUUUUCCAUUACUCGAGCUGUGAGACAAAACCUGUAAAAUAGUCCAGAAUACGAUUUGAUGUUGGCAUGUUAAUCUUCGUUACUAAUUUGAGAUUUCCAAUAAAUGCAUUGAUCAGUUAUAGAGCA